AUGGUGUUGAUCGAUGAUGAAAUGAAUGCAUGCAGUGUCAGUAUUGUCAUAGUCAAGAGCGAUAUGAGCGACAACAAUGGAUCUACUUCUACUCCUCGAGAUGACACAGAAAAGGCGUCUACUCCAUUAGAAAUUUUGAUAGGAGAGAGGCUAGAACAGUUGGCUCCCCUAUCUGCUUCAUGUUCUAUUUACAGAGUUCCAGAGAGGUUAAGGAGUCUAAAUCCAAGUGUCUACACACCCAAACUAGUUUCAAUUGGCCCAUUACACCAUGGCAAUGAAACCUUACAAGACAUGGAGGAGCACAAAUACAGGUACCUACAACAAUUUCUAGAUCGCACCAAUGAAAACUUGGAGUACUAUUUACGAAAAAUAAGGUACCAAGAAGCAACAUUGCGUAGUUAUUAUGCAGAAACUAUUAAGUUUAGCAGUGAUGACUUGGUAACUAUCAUCCUUGUGGACUCUGCAUUCAUCAUUGAGCUCUUUUUGAACUACUAUUUCAAAGAAGCUUAUAGCACAGACAGGAUAAUGAGAGCACCAUAUAUGAUAAUUGACGUAAGAGCUGAUCUGCUUUUGCUUGAAAAUCAACUCCCAUUUUUCAUUCUUGAGGAUAUUUUUCCAGAAAAAGUUCAUAGAAAUUCCCGUACGCAGAAUUCUCAGAGUGAGAGGCUUUCAUUUAUUCAACUCUGCCGAACUUUCUUUAAACAAGAAUUAGAGGCAGUUGGAGUGGACUGCAAUUUGGAGAGGGUAAAUUCUUCUGAAGUAAAAGGAGCACAUUUUCUUGAUAUUAUAAGAAAUUUAUGUCUACCACCAGAACCUCUAGUUCGAGGCACACGCAACGCUGCCACCCCUAUUGCACCAAGCAUCACACAACUACACCAAGCUGGAGUCAAGUUAGAAGUGGGAUCAACCAGAAACUUAUUUGGCACACGAUUUGAUAAUGGAAUUCUGCAAAUUCCAAAAUUGCAAAUGUCUCAUCGUAUGGUGGAUACAAUGAGAAAUAUUGCUGUGUUUGAACAAUGUCAUCACUUGAAUUGCAGGAUAGCUGAUUUCCUUGACCUCAUGUAUUGUUUUGUGGACACCGCGAAGGAUGUGGAGUUGCUUGCCGAGUAUGGAAUUGUUAAAAAUUUGAUAGGUGACAACAGUGAGGCGUGUUCUCUGAUUAAAAACCUUAUCAAGGAGAUUCAUGUGAAUUCCAAUGACUUCUGCUUCACUCCUCUUUAUGAAGAUCUACACAAGCACUGCAAAAAGCCAUGGAACAAAUGGAAGGCAAAUUUGAAGCAAAAUUAUCUGUACACGCCAUGGGCACUUGUUUCUGUUCUCAUCAUACUCACUAUCAUACAAACGAUACUGAGGAAGCACAUGAAAGUUUUGGUUGCAAUGUCUACAAUGACAGAUGAUAAUUAA